ACGUGGGGAACCGCGGGGAGACGGUCUUUGUGCACAGGUCUUUUGGGCGCAACCACCUCCUGCUCCACAACCGGGCCGUUUACGCCUCUCCCGAAAACAAGAACUUUUUCGAAGAGGAAAACCGAUUACGUCAAGAGGGGAAGUUGCCGAGAUUACAAAGCCACAGCGGAAUGAAGACUGUCCGGUUCCUGAAGAAUUGCACCCUGGAGAUCGGCGUGAACGAGUGUGAGCACUGGGAGCUGACGAAAGAAAUUGUCUGCCGCCAUUUCCUCCGAAAUCUGGGAGUUGUAGUGCCCCCCCAGGCGCUGACUCUCCCGGAAGAGCCCAUCACCCGAUUGGGAAGCUACUGGUGCGAAGUUACGGUGAACGGACUUGACACCGUCCGCGUCCCUCUUUCGGUACAGCAGUUUGCCGAACCGAAAUCGAACAGCCAACGCCUCUGGCUCGCCCAGAAGGAACCAGACGCCGAAAGGGAAGUGGGAAGACCUGGAAGCUUCCCGGGAAGAGAGGCCAGGAAGUGACUUUUUUCCUCUGCGGCUCUAGAAUCAGAGCUUAGCAUUUUUCUAGCCAAAAACUCCUCUUGGGGGGGCUGCUUCAGCCGGCCACGGUGGGUGAAGCUAGCCUCGUUCCGGGUCUCGUGAAGCCUCGGGCGGUGGGUCUUCCCAGAAGUGGGAAGAGGCCGCAGGAACCGGUGAAUAAAACGUCCCCUCUCUAUUAA